GACAGAGAGAGAGAGAGAGUGAAAGAGAAACCGAGAAAGUAUCAUAGAGAGAGAGAGAGGGAAAGAUAAACUGAAAGUAUCAGAGACAGAGUAAUGGAAGUAGAGAGAGAGAGAGAGAGGGGGAGAAUGCCAGAGGAGAAGAGGGAGAAGAGAGGGGGAAGCCUAAUAGUACCCACAAAAGAUGAAGGGAAGAAGCCAAGUUCAGCAAUGAUAAGCCCUAGAAAGAACCAGGUCACCAUUAAAAGCGCAGACAUGAAGGAGGAAGUGCAAAAGGAAGCCAUUGAUUGUGCUAUUGCGGCUUUUGAGAAACACAGUGUGGAGAAGGAUAUUGCAGCGUACAUAAAGAAGGGAUUUGACAACAAGUAUGGCCCUACAUGGCAUUGCAUUGUUGGCCGCAAUUUUGGUUCCUAUGUGACUCAUGAAACAAACCAUUUCAUGUACUUCUAUUUGGAUCAGAAGGCAAUCUUGUUAUUUAAGUCAGGAUGAUCGUGAUCAAGGAUGGCUGACUUGCUCUUUGAUAUUUUUUUUCUUUCUGGAGUCUUUCACCAUGCGAAGAGUGAAAGAUUACAUAUAGAGAUGGAUUUGCUUACCUUAAAUCUUCUUCUGUAUAUUCAUCAUAAGCAAUGUAGCUAGACAUGGUGCGUGCUUCAGAUUUUUAGACACUCUUAAGCUUCAUAGUGUAGUUGUGUGUGGCAAUUUUGCUCUC